AUGAACGGCGAGGAGCCAUACUACGCAGCCCCGCACCUUUACAAGGACACCUGCGCCUUCCAGCGGGGCCCGGCGCCCGAGUUCAGCACCAGCCCCCCCGCGUGCCUGUACAUGGGCCGCCAGCCGCCGCCGCCGCCGCCCCCGUUCCCUGGCGCCCUGGGCGCCCUGGAGCAGGGCAGCCCGCCCGACAUCUCCCCGUACGAAGUGCCCCCGCUCGCGGAGGACCCCACGAUGGCGCACCUCCACCACCACCUCCCCGCCCAGCUAGCGCUCCCGCACCCGCCCGCCGGGCCUUUCCCGGAUGCAGCCGCGCCCAGCGCCCUGGAGGAGCCCGGCCGCGUCCAGCUGCCUUUCCCGUGGAUGAAGUCCACCAAGGCUCACGCGUGGAAAGGCCAGUGGGCAGGCAGCGCCUACCCGGCGGAGCCCGAGGAGAACAAGCGGACGCGCACGGCCUACACGCGAGCGCAGCUGCUGGAGCUGGAGAAGGAGUUCCUGUUCAACAAGUACAUCUCCCGGCCGCGCAGGGUAGAGCUGGCCGUCAUGCUGAACUUGACCGAGAGACACAUCAAGAUCUGGUUCCAAAAUCGCCGCAUGAAGUGGAAAAAGGAGGAGGACAAGAAGCGCGGCUGCGGGACGGCCGCCGGGAGCGGCGGGGACACAGAGCCCGAGCAGGACUGCGCGGUGACCUCGGGCGAGGAGCUGCUGGCGCUGCCUCCGCCGCCGCCCCCCGGGGGAGCGGUGCCGCCUGCGGUUCCCGCUGCGGCCCGAGAAGGCCGGUUGCCCCCGGGCCUUAGUGCCUCGCCGCAGCCCUCCAGUGUGGCGCCGCUGCGGCCGCAGGAACACCGGUGA